AUGGCCUGGGGUCAGGGUGCUAGAAGGCCCAUACUAGGGCUUCUGUCUCGUGCUCAACGACAAGCUGCUCGAGGGUAUACUUCUGCAACGUUCGAAACUCACCUGUCGAGCAAUCAUUUUGCCCCAAAUGGCAUGAUUUGUAGGAGAUUUAGCUCUGAGGUGCCUGCUUCGGAGCAAAUGAAUCUUAUUAAACGACUACGCGAAAGAACAUGUGCCCCGAUCAAAGAUGUCAAGGCUUCGCUAGUCAGUUGCAACUGGGAUAUUGAGGAUGCACAGAAGGAUCUAAGGAAAAGAGGGGUGAUAUCUGCUGCCAAAAAGUCGUCAAGGACUGCUGCUGAAGGUUUGCUAGCUAUCGCACAAGAUGAGAAAAGGGCUGUUGUGGUUGAGCUAAACUGCGAGACUGACUUUGUGGCAAGAAAUGAUGUGUUCCAGUAUCUGGCUUCAUCCUUGGCAAAGAUGGCUUUGUCAGCACAGGAUCCCGGCAAAUUGGUUUUUCCUUUUGCUCCUGCAUAUUUGGAGAACAUGAGUAUUAACCUAGAUCAUCCUAAACUCAGUGGUGAAACAACUGUUCAAAAUGCUGUUACAGAAGUUGCUGCCAUGGUUGGGGAGAAUGUAAAACUCAGAAGAGGUUUCAUGUUGUCCACGACUGCACAUGGUGUCGUUUCAUCUUAUCUGCAUACCUGUCCUCAGCCAGGUUUGGGCCGCAUUGCUGGAUUGAUUACAUUAGAAGCAGAAGAUAGCAGUGCUUCCCUUGAUGCUCUCAAGAGAGUUGGGUCGUCUAUCGCAAUGCAUAUUGUUGCAGCAAAACCAUUAUUCUUAUCAAAAGAUUUGGUUUCUGCUGCAGCUCUGGAAAAUGAAUGUGACGUGCUCCGAACUCAGGCUGAGAGUUCAGGUAAACCCCAAAUGGCCAUAGAGAAAAUGGUGGAAGGCCGAUUGAGGAAGUAUUUUGAAGAUGUCGUGCUUUUGGAGCAAAAAUACGUUGUUAAUGAUAGCACAAACAUUAAGACUCUGCUGAAUGAUUUGUCAAAGGAGGUUGGUUCGAAAGUAACAAUUGGCAAUUUUAUCAGAAUGGAAGUUGGAGAAGGAAUUGAGAGAGACCUGAGGAAACAGCUAAACCAGAAGCUAUGGCUUGUGCCGCGUAGAUUGCGAACUGAGAUGAAUCAAAUGCUUUGGUUCUUUUCUCCCGAUAAUUAA